AUGUCGCGCACCUUCACUCUCGCCGAAGUCCAGAAGCACAACUCCAAGAAGUCGUGCUACGUCACCCUGGGCUCCAAUGUAUACGACGUGACCGACUUCCUCGAUGCCCAUCCCGGCGGCGCCGAUCUCAUCCUCGACUGGGCCGGCAAGGACAUCACCGAGAUACUCAAGGACCCGUCCUCGCACGCCCAUUCCGAUGCCGCCUACGAGGUGCUCGACGAGGCCCUUGUUGGCACCCUCGUCGAUGCCAACGACAAGAUUUCUGCCAAUGGCUCUGCUAAUGGCAGCGCAAACGGCCGCCCUGUGCACCCGCGCACCGGCAUGUCCUGCGAGGAAGACCUGACGAAGGACACUGACAUCGUCGCCGACUACAAGACCCACAAGUUCCUCGACUUGAGCCGUCCGCUCUUCCCUCAGGUCUGGUUUGGCGGCUUCUCGAAGGAGUUCUACCUCGACCAAGUGCACCGUCCGCGUCACUACAAGGGCGGUGCCUCUGCGCCACUCUUUGGCAACUUCCUCGAGCCGCUGACCAAGACACCGUGGUGGAUGAUCCCGGUCGUCUGGCUGCCCCCCGUCAGCUACGGCCUGUAUCUGGCCUAUCCUGGGUUCCAGAACCCAACCAACCAGGUUAUCUGCUUCGUGGGCGGCCUGUUCAUCUGGACUCUGGUCGAGUACAUGAUGCAUCGGUUCCUCUUCCACAUUGACUAUUACCUUCCUGACAACCGCGUCGGCAUCACGCUGCACUUCACCCUCCACGGAAUCCACCACUACCUGCCCAUGGACAGGUACCGCCUGGUCAUGCCACCCGCGCUCUUCGCGAUUCUGGCUGCCCCAUUCUGGAAGCUGGCUCACACCGUCUUCUUUUGGAACUGGUCCGUUGCUACGUCUGUCUAUUGCGGUGGCAUCUUUGGCUACAUCUGCUAUGACCUUACCCACUACUUCCUGCACCACCAGAACCUCCCUCUGUGGUGGAAGAAGCUCAAGAAGCUGCACCUCGAGCACCACUUCCUCGACUACGAGAACGGCUUCGGCGUCACCAGUCCCUUCUGGGACUGGGUCUUUGGCACUGAACUGAACUCUGCAAAGCCUAAUCUCAAGCUGCAAUAA